AUGACGUCUACAAACAACAACAAUGACGUCUACAACAACAAUGACGUCUACAACAACAAUGACGUCUACAACAACAAUGACGUCUACAACAACAUCAGAAAUAACGUCUACAACAACAUCAAGAACAAAAGCAAUAACGUCUACAACAUCAACCAUGACGUCUACAACAGCAUCAACAAUGACGUCUGCAACAACAUCAACCAUGACGUCUACAACAACAUCAAGAACAACAGCAAUAACGUUUACAACAUCAACCAUGACGUCUACAACAACAUCAACAAUGACGUCUGCAAAAACAUCAACCAUGACGUCUACAACAACAUCAACAAUGACGUCUACAACAACAUCAACAAUGACGUCUACAACAACAUCAACAAUGACGUCUACAACAUCAACAACAAUGACGUCUACAACAACAUCAACCAUGACGUCUACAGCAACAUCAACAAUGACGUCUGCAAAAACAUCAACAAUGACGUCUACAACAACAUCAACAAUGACGUCUACAACUACAUCAAUAACAACAGCAAUAACAUCUACAACAACAAUAACAACAUGACGUCUAUUAAAAAGCCCAUCAAACAUGAAACAAGAAGGAUGAAGUCAUCUUACCACAAUACACGAUGUAACCCUAACAGAAAGGUGAUUUAG